AUGCGCCUCGCGAAGGACAUCAGCGAGCUCACGCUGUCGCCGUCCAUCUCCGUCGAUUUCCCAGACGGCAAGGACAAGCUCCUCGACUUUAUCGUCACGAUCCGCCCCGAGGACGGGUUUUACCGCGGCGGCGUCUUCCGCUUCAGCUUCGCGGUGCCGGGGACGUACCCGCACGAGCCGCCCAAGGUGAAGUGCCUCGCGAAGGUGUAUCACCCGAACUUGGACCACGACGGAAACGUGUGUCUGAACAUCCUGCGCGAGGAUUGGAAACCGGUGCUUUCCGUCUCGUCGUGCGUGUACGGACUGACGUUUUUGUUCAGCGAUCCGAACCCGGACGAUCCGCUGAACAAGGAAGCCGCGAAGGAGAUGACGGAGUCGCCGAGGCAGUUCGAGCAGAACGUGAGGAGGAGCAUGCAGGGGGGGUACGUGGGGGGGACGACGUUCUCGAACGUCACGCGGUGA